AUGACAAGAAGCAAGAUCAAGAACCGGCCUCUAUUAUCGCUUGUUGUGGCUGUCCUAGGUUUCUUUUGGCGUACUAUAACGGCGAGUAGUAAUGGCGAAUAUUUGAUAGGAGUUGGGAGCUAUGACAUGACUGGACCGGCAGCCGGGGUGAACAUGAUGGGCUACGCCAACCCCUUCCAAACAACGGCGGGUGUGCAUUUCCGGCUAAGGGUGAGGACUUUCAUAGUGGCCGAGAGCUCCCAAGGUCCGAGGUUUGCCUUUGUUAAUCUUGACUCAGGAAUGGCUUCGCAGCUCGUUACUAUUAAAGUGCUCGAGAAGCUCAAAACAAGGUUUGGAGGUUUAUAUACGGAAGAAAAUGUGGCAAUCAGUGGGAUUCACACUCAUGCGGGACCCGGGGGCUAUUUGCAGUACAUGCUUUACACAAUAGCGUCCCUGGGUUUUGUCCAACAAUCCUUUGACGCGAUUGUGGAUGCAAUUGAGCAGAGCAUUAUUCAGGUUCAUGGAAGCCUCAAACCAGGAUCAGUCUUCAUCAAUCAAGGGGACGUGGAAAAUGCUGGAAUAAACAGAAGCCCAAGUGCGUAUUUGAUGAAUCCAGAAGAGGAGAGAGCUCGGUAUUCGACAAACGUCGAUAAACUUAUGACACUGUUGAAGUUUGUUGAUGGUGCAAGCGGGAAGAGCAUUGGAGGGUUCAGCUGGUAUGCGACGCAUGGAACGUCAAUGAGCAAAGACAACAAACUUAUCAGCGGCGACAACAAGGGCGCUGCCGCUAGGCUCUUUGAGGACUGGUUCGCUUCCGCUAGUACUCAAUCUCCUUCCCACUCUAUUACCAAUUCUUCUUCUUCUUCCCUAGAUGUUGGUGAUGAACUAAUAAAGAAAGCUCAAAGAAUCAAAGCCACGGGAGGAAAGCUCUGCGGUCCAAAAACCAGCCAAGGGUUCAAAGUAAGAAAGAACGAUGGGUCCCUCUUCGUAGGGGCUUUUUGCCAAUCAAAUGUGGGAGAUGUCACCCCUAAUGUGUUGGGAGCAUUUUGCACUGAUAGUGGCAAACCUUGUGAUUUCCAGCACUCCACUUGCGAUGGCGAUAACCAGCGCUGUUUGGGCCGUGGACCAGGGUAUCCAGAUGAAAUACUAAGCACGAAGAUCAUAGGAGAGAGGCAGUUUAAACAGGCCGUUGAUCUAUUCAUGUCGGCUACGGAGCAACUAACUGGAAAAAUCGACUACCGACAUGUGUAUCUGAAUUUCACGAACAUCGAGGUUGAUUUGCAUGGGAAGAACGUGGUGCAAACGUGCCCUGCUGCUCUUGGACCGGGUUUCGCCGCUGGGACUACGGAUGGGCCCGGUUUCCCUGGUUUCCAACAAGGUGAUAAGAAGUUAAGUGAGCGGUGGAUAAAACUGAGGGACGCUCUGAAGAAACCGAGCCAAUAUCAAUUGGACUGCCAAUACCCCAAGCCAGUUUUGAUCGAUAGUGGCGAAAAGUUUGAUCCUUAUGCAUGGGCGCCUGCAAUAUUACCAAUUCAAAUUCUCAGGUUGGGAAAACUGAUCAUACUUUCUGUCCCUGGAGAAUUCACCACCAUGGCCGGGCGGCGACUAAGAGAAGCAGUUAAGGAGACACUAAUUGGCGAUGGCAGCGGCGAAUUUGAUAAUAACACGCAUGUUGUAAUAGCAGGACUUUCAAAUACCUACUCACAAUAUGUUGCCACAUUUGAAGAGUACACACAACAACGAUAUGAGGCUUCUUCAACUCUUUAUGGUCCUCAUACCUUAUCAGCAUAUAUUCAAGAGUUUAAGAAACUAGCAAAAGCAAUGGCAAAAGGAGAACCUGUCCCAAAGGGUCCUUCCCCGCCAGAUCUUUCCUCAGAAAUAAUUCGCAACCAAGUCGGACCUGUUGGAGAGUCACCUCCCCCGGGGGUGAAUUUUGGCGACAUAAAAGACGACGUAAAUCUACCGAAGAGUGGCUCGUUUGCGAAAGGUGAAAGAGUAAACGCAACAUUUUGGAGCGCAAACCCAAGGUACGAUCUCUUGACAGAAGGAACGUAUGCAGUUGUAGAGAUGCUUCAAGGCAAAAGUUGGAUCUCGGUUUAUGAUGAUGAUGAUCUCAGCUUGUAUUACAAAUUCAAAGUGGAUAAGAGUGGCUAUUAUGGCUUGGCAAACCUAGAAUGGGAAAUACCAAAAGAGGCCAAAUCUGGGGUUUACAGGCUAAGGCACUUCGGAUCUUCAAGGAAGAAAAAGGACUCUCCCAACAUAUACUUUACUGGAGCAUCCAGUUCAUUUGCAGUGUCAUAGAGAAAAGAAAUCUCAUAAUUUUA